UCCUCUCUGGCAUCGACUCGUCGGCCUGUUUCAGGUCAGGCAGUCUGACACAGAGCCGAAGGGCCGCCUGCUGCCGCUGCUCCCCCCGCCAGCCUCAUAGCUGCCUCCGGCUCCUCUCGUCUUCCCCAACGAACCCAGUCGACCUUGCGGACACAUCGGAACAGGUCGAGGCAUCGCUGCAGCAAUGUCCGAGGAAUCUGAAGCGACAAGAACCUUGGAGGAGCAGAAGGAAAUGGAGGACAAAGUAAUCAGUCCAGAAAAAGCAGAGGAGGCCAAACUGAAAGCCAGAUAUCCAAAUCUGGGAGCCAAGCCAGGGGGCUCGGACCUUCUUAGGAAAAGACUUCAGAAAGGGCCAAAGUAUUUUGACUCUGGGGAUUACAACAUGGCCAGGGCAAAAAUGAAGAACAAACAGUUGCCAUCAGCCCCAACGGAGAAGACUGAGAUCACGGGCGAUCACAUUCCAACUCCUCAGGACCUGCCUCAGAGAAAGACUUCCAUUGUGGCCAGCAAACUGGCCGGCUGAUCCACAUUUAGUGUGUUUCUACCAUUCCAUCACCCUCCUUACACAUACCUGCUGUUUACUUUUUUUUUUUUUUUGCCUUUUUUAUGUAUUAUCUAAUAAUUAUUAUACAAUGUCCUUUACUCAAGAAUAGUUGGAAACUAUCAGAAGCUAAGUUUUCAGAAAAUCCAAAAAGCCAUUGCUGGAAAUCUUCAAGAGCUCUUAAAAGUUUUCAUGAUAACGGAAUUUAGAACUUUACGUCACAAUCCUGAUUAUCCUGAUAAUUUUCACUUUGAAGGACAUGUGCUUCUUUACAAAUACUUAAACAGCCUUUUCAGGGGUUCUAUCUUCAUCAUUGCAAAAGAAUUUUCUUCUGUGUUGACACCGUGGAGAUGUGCUUUGGUUUAUUGGCGAAUAAAGUGUCAGCCUAGGUUGAUUAAUGUGAAAAAAAUGGAACUGCAAUUUCUAGAUAUCCCUAACUCUUGAAACAUUUUGUAUGUUCCUCUGCUCAUAUGGAGACAUGUUGAAUAGCUAAAAAUCAAUUAAUCUUACUUUCUUUGUUUUUCUUAUCAUGUACCCCUCUAUUGUUAAGUUCUAUUUAAAUCCAUGCUUCCAAAUAUCUGAAGACAAAAUGAGACAAGCUUUGUAGCAGUUCAUGUUAACAUUGCUGCUGGUCUCCACCUCAUCCUGACCUCUAAAAUGGCCUUAAAAGAAAUGAACCGCUGUUCCUCCUGAGCAAUAUUUGCUCCCUCAGUGAGAAUUUGGGGUUUGUGAAUCUUGCCUGAAAUGUCUUUCUCUGACUGGAAUCACUUGGAAUUUUAUGGGAAGAAACUCCCAGAACAUGUCUGAUGUGUGCAUGGGACUUUAUGUGGCAGACACACUGUGCCAUUCAUUUUGUAAAUAAAAUAGUUUUGCAUAAUUCAA